GUUGCUCAUAUGGACAACCUCGGAGCACCAGAGUAGCGGCACGUCUCCCUGGAGCGCCGUGCUCCGCGCCAUGCCCGCCUUGCAGGAGCUUCUGAUCCGGGGAACUUCUGUCCUGCAGGCGACACGCACCUUGGGGGACGCUUUGCGAGACGGCGAGGACGAGCCUCUGGUCCCGGAGCUGAAUAUUCUUCGCCUCGAACCGUUCGAUGACGUACCGGUCUCUGAUGGCAUAUCUCUGGGAGACUGGGUUGCCCAGCUUCAGGAGCCAUUGGCGUAUCGCACGAAACGUGGGCUUACCUUGAGUGAGCUGCGUUUAACCCUCCCAGUGACCGCCGACAGGAUCCAGUAUGAGUCUCUCAUAUCUGGCUGGUCUUCCGUAGUAGCAGGGAAGGUUGAGCUACAGGUUGCGUCUGAGGCAAGGUCAUGCUAAAUUUUACAGUUGAGGCUUCUCUGCCAGAAUACGCCUCUGAUGUAUUCGAGGGGCAUAGACGUUAUUGCGAACAUUUUGGAUACGACGAUUGGGUACAUGAGCUUACUACAGAAUGCGUAGAAGUUGACUAUGGGAAUGUGUAGUAGCACUGGCGCCGCGAGUUCCG